AUGUCCCAUCUGCCCAGCGGCUCAGUGCGCGACCAUAUGAAAUGGGCGGGACUGCUUGGCUGUGAGGCGGUCCUCUCCAGCAUGGCUCUAAUGCAGGCCAGUACCAUGGGUGCUCCGCCUAAAAAGAUGAUGGCCCAGCUCGGCCACGGUCCCCCACAGAGAGAGAUCCCAGAGCGGCCUCCCCAGGGCCACAUGAUCCUGCCGUCGGGCAUGAGCUGUCCGCCUCUGGUGAGCGUCCUCCAGCCUUAUGACACUGGCCCAAACCACACGCUCAUCCGAAAGGAGGGCGAGUACCAGACCCCGCGCCUGCUGGACGAGAAGGACAUGAGGGCAAACGAGGAGAUGCUGAAGAAGAAGAUCAGGAAGUCUGGUCCUCCUUGUAAAGUGAGCGAACAGGAGUCAAGGGGCGGGCAGGGAGCGAACGGAGACGAGAACGGCCCAUCGUCCAAAGUGCAGAAGAACUUCAUCUGUGAUCACUGUUACGGAGCGUUCAGGAGCGGGUACCACCUUAAGAGACACAUCCUCAUUCACACCGGAGAGAAGCCGUACGCCUGUGGUGUGUGUGACAUGAGGUUCAUUCAGAGAUAUCACCUCGAGCGACACAGCCUCAUCCACACGGGAGUGAAGCCGUACGCUUGUGCCAUGUGUGACAUGCGGUUUUUCCAGCGUUACCACCUGGAGAGACACAAGCUCACUCACACGGGGGUGAAGCCGUACGCUUGCUCCAUGUGUGACAUGAGGUUCUUCCAGAGAUACCAUCUGGCCCGACACAGCCUCACUCACACGGGGGUGAAGCCGUACGCUUGCUCCAUGUGUGACAUGCGGUUUUUCCAGAGAUACCAUCUGGCCCGACACACUCUCACUCACACCGGGGUGAAGCCGUACGCUUGCUCCAUGUGUGACAUGAGGUUUUUCCAGAGAUACCAUUUGGCCCGACACAGCCUCACUCAUACUGGAGUGAAGCCGUAUGCAUGCACCAUCUGUGACAUGCGGUUUAUCCAGAGAUACCAGCUGGAGCGCCACAGUCUCACACACACAGGGGUGAAGCCGUACGCUUGCACCAUGUGUGACAAGAGAUUUUUCCAGAGGUAUCACCUGGCCAGGCACAGCCUCACGCACAUGGGGGUGAAGCCGUACGCUUGCACAAUGUGUGACAUGAAGUUCUUUCAGCGUUACCAUCUGGCUCGGCACAGCCUCACGCACACUGGUGUGAAACCUUACGCUUGCACCAUGUGUGACAAGAGAUUUUUCCAGAGGUACCACCUGCAAAGACACAGCCUCACGCACAUGGGGGUGAAGCCGUACGCUUGCACAAUGUGUGACAUGAGGUUUGUCCAGCGCUACCAUCUGGCCAGACACAGCCUCACUCAUACGGGUGUGAAACCUUACGCUUGCACCAUGUGCGACAAGAGGUUUUUCCAGAGGUACCACCUGCAGAGACACAGCCUCACGCACAUGGUAAUGGUUAACAGCCCAUCAAUGGUGAUUAGUGCUCUGGCUCAGCUGACCUCGCACCCUGUGUUGAUGGUUCCAGGGGUGAAGCCGUACGCUUGCACCAUGUGUGACAUGAGGUUUGUCCAGAGAUACCACCUGGCCCGACACAGCCUCACUCAUACGGGGGUGAAGCCGUUUGCUUGCUCCAUGUGUGAUAUGCGGUUUAUUCAGCGUAACCAUCUGGAGAGACACAGCCUCACUCAUACGGGAGAGAAGCCGUUUGCGUGCGACAUUUGCGACAUGCGGUUCAUCCAGCGGUACCACCUGGAGCGGCACAAACGUGUGCACAGCGGGGAGAAGCCAUACCAGUGCGAGCGAUGCCAGCAGAACUUCUCUCGAACCGACAGACUGCUGCGUCACCGGCGUCUCUGUCAGGGCCGCAGCGUUCCCAAAGUGGAGACCCCCCAGUGCUGCGACCCGCGCCCGUACCCCCAGGAGCCGCCCCCGGCCCCGCCCUCUUGGAGCCCCCUGCACCCCCCUCCCGGUCGCCUCGCCGUCUGA